GUGGAAACGGUCUCCAUUUAUUAGCCUUGGAUAGUGCCGAAGGGGCGGUUUUUCAAACCCUUGGACACUACCUUGCUCUGCCCGCACCUUGGACGGUCCGGGAGCCUCGAAUUGCUACGCACUCGAAGACAAUAACGACCUGAGAAACGUCUUCGGUUUUCGACAUCGCGAAAAGGUCUGUGACAGCUGGGGCUGCCCCACUGUAGAAGCGCAACUUGGGAAAUUUUAACCAAAUCCGGUUUCAAAGCAACCCUAGUGAGACACAAUGCGUGCUGCGGCAUUUCCCUGUGUCGGUUGGUGGAGAGGUCCUUCUCUCCACGUGACAGCGCGUUUCGAUAGCUUGCAGCGCACGCGUCUGUCGGGUGUCAAGUCGUGGCGUGACCGUCCUCAACCUCACCAGCCUUUCCCGAAACCCCGUUCGCUCAUUUCCUCAGCAUUCCACUGCCGCCUGAUAAUUCCCGCAUCUGGACCUGCGAGCGCUGCGAGCGACUGCGGAUCUGUCGACGACCUGUUCGACGGGGACGAGGCAGGCGCCGUCCCGGAACACGCGGUCUCCGGCCAGGCACAGGCUCCCCGCCCUUCGCCUCAAGACCCUUUGAAGCGCAAGUUCGAGGGUGAGGAGGAUGAGUUCGACGAUUUUCUUGCUGAGGGGUUCGCGGCGAUAGAAGAUGCCAAGAAGCCACGGAUCAAGCUCGAAGCCGACGACGCUGCGCCGUGCCCUUCUAGAACCGAGCUGGCGCGGAAGAUCCUCCGCCAGACAUUUGGCCACGAUGGAUUUCGCCCGGAGCAGGAAGCUGCCAUAUCCAGCAUCCUUUAUGGCAGGAAUGCCAUGGUCGUGCUGCCAACGGGAGGAGGUAAAAGUUUGUGCUAUCAGGUGCCGGCAAUCGCUUUUGAGGAACUUGACCGUGCCAGUGGCGCUAGGCGUGGUCACGGCAUCACCAUCGUCGUCUCCCCCCUUCUUUCUCUCAUAAGGGACCAGGUCGAGGUGCUCAAGCGCAAGGGCAUUCCUGUCGACAGCCUUGACUCGACCAAGACUUGGGGGCAACAAAAGGAAAUCAAUGCUAAGAUGCGAAACGGGACGCUGCGUCUCCUAUAUUGCCCUCCGGAGCGACUCAUCAACCAGAACUUUAUCAAGUGUCUUAAGGAUGUGGCCGGUGGGGUCCGGCUCGUCGCCGUCGAUGAGGCUCACUGCAUUUUCGAAUGGGGUCACCAGUUCAGACCGGACUACUUAAAGGUCGCCCGGUUUAUCCAGGAGGUUAAGGCCGAGCGGGCUAUCUGCCUCACGGCCACGGCCACGACCAACGUCAUUCACGACAUUUGCAAAGACUUCAAUAUCGCCAAGACCGAUGUCUUCCGCACCGCACUCUAUCGUCCCAACUUGCGGCUUCUUGCGAGACCCGUGGAGUGCGCUAGUGAUAAGCUGGAGGAACUCCUUUCGUUUUUGGAGGAACACAAGGGCCCAACGCUGAUCUACGUUACAACCCGGAGGCAAACGGUUCAGUUGGCGAAGGAGCUAGUCAAUGCUGGGCUGUGCGCUCUCCCGUUCCACGCAGGGAUGCAAACGGAAGACAAGGAAGCUACCCAAGACAAGUUUAUGGCUGACGAGGUCGAUAUUGUUGUCGCCACGAUCGCGUUUGGUAUGGGAAUCGACAAGCCCAACAUCCGAAAUGUGGUCAACUACGGCAUUCCAGGCUCGGUCGAGGAGUAUAGUCAACAGGUUGGCCGCGCCGGUCGAGACGGAAAGCCCAGCACCUGCAUGUUCUACCUCUGCCCCGAGGACGAGGGUAUUCGCUCGUCGCUCGCCUAUGGUGGUACUCCAACGCGGGACGACGUGGUUUCAGUGCUGCAGAAUAUUUUUGACGACGAGGUCACGGCGCUUCCUGUCGAAGGUAUUUUCAGACGCAACCACUAUGCCCAGAUGACUGAGUACGACAUCUGUGCUAGCCCUCUGUCGAUUAUCUAUGGGAUGCUGGAAAUGCGAUUCGGGUUGAUCCGCGCCACCACCUCCGAGUAUGGCGAGUACAAAUUCGAUGCUCAAACUGAGUACGAUGUCGCCACAAUCUUGAAAGACCAGUCGCCCGCAGCACAAGCUAUCAUUCGAUUCUCUAAGCCGGUGGGAGGCAGCAUUUACAGCAUAGAUGUUCGGACCGCCGCUAGGAUCCUGAACCUCAACCGGCGGGCGAUUGUCAGGAAGAUCAACGAACUGCAUGACAAGGGCUUGAUCAAUUUGGUGGUCUCGGGGCAGGAAAACCGGUAUCAGGUCACAUCCAAGAAGCUGCCUCAGACGCCUGCCGAGAUCGGCACUCUUGCCGACGAGAUCUUCGCCGGUUUAAAGGGGCGUGAAUCCGACGCAGUCCAUCGGAUCGAACAGGUAAUAGGGCUGGUGACGGGAAAGCAGUGCUUUGCCUACGCACUUGCCUUGCACUUCGGCAUGAACCUGCCAGGCGACAAGAAGCGCUGCGGCCACUGCGGCUUCUGCGAGACAGGUGUCGCUGUUGUCAUGCCCGAGGCGCCGCCCCGGGCUCCGGUCGACCUUAACCUGCUCAUGGAGACCCUCGGCGUCAUCCCGGACCGCGAUGACCCCUUGUUCCUGACCAGGGUCGCGUUUGGCAUCUUCACCCCGCGCACAAUACGGAUAAAGAUCAGUAAGAAUCGUGUGUUUGGGUCGCUGGUGGGCCACAACUUCAACGCGGUUCUCGACGAAUUCACCCAGGUCUGCAGCCAGGAGGGCGGAAAGAGUAGCAGCGUCAAGCGGGAGCACUCGACGCCGUCGAUCAACGAGGAACCGACGAGCAGCGCCUAUUCGGGCCGAUAAACUCAGUCUGGUGGUCGAGCCUGAGGGCGAGGUCGGGGCUCCGGAUCCAACCCAGCGGUCGGGGCCGGGGGCGAGGCCGGGACUGGGGGCGGACUUGAAGCUCUUGGCUGCGCUCAGAGACCAAUACCCAUGCCACCGGGGAGCCAAACCAUGGAAGUGUUUCUCCGCCACUCUCGAGACAAAUCUCAAGCGCCCACUUGUGAGGUGAGUCUGCGUGACGGCGAACGCCCAAAACUUGACUUGAGGGAGCCGAUAAACAGCAGGACAGAGGCUGCGAGGAGCCGGGCUGGAACGGAUCGCGUGGGAGGGAAGGGAGCCCAGAGGCGGGCGGGAAGUAUGAAAAAUCUCUUUCAGGUUGGGUCGAGUGGCAAUAGAGUCCACACCAGCCAGACUCGUUGGCGGUGGAACAAAAGGACGGAGGCGAGAUGGGCUGGAUGGCGCACAUGUGGUAGCCAGCCUGACCUCGGUCUUGGCAAACGGGCGGUCGCGCUAGGCUUUUGGGAGGAAAGUCUGUGCUGAUGCUUACCACCAAUUCAACAUAAAGUGAACAUGAAGUGCCAAUAUGGGUUGGGGGCCGCGAACGAAGGAACGUGCAGCAGCACGCAUGCCCGGCGAGUAUGCAGCCGCAGGUGGGGUUGGCGAGGGGCAGACGAGUCCCAAUCGCGGUUGACGCAGAAGCAGUGAGGCUGGGAAUGAAUGCACUGGAGGGGAAGGCACGGGAGGGUUGGUAGCGAUCUGCGCGUUUUGUGCGCAGUUAGCAGGGUAACUAUUGGAUGCAGCAACAAUCCUCCUCCAUGCAGGAGAUUGUCUGAGGUAGUUCGGUUGGCGAUAUGAAGUCGUGUCCCGAUAGGAUUGCACCGGUCGUUCCACUGCACUCGAAGAAAUCUUGACCAGGCUGGACGGCGGUAAUGCCGUAUCUGGACCCUGCUACGUGGGUGUUUCUUGUACGGCCGGCGCUUCCAUCACUUC